CACUUUCACAGUCGUUUUGUAUGACAGCUUCAAUUUCUAAAGUGUCAAGUAUCAAAUCGCACAUUCUCAUUGUGUUAAGGAAGUUAAAGUGAACGGAUUUAUUUUUUUAGUUUGAUUGUUCGAAAAAGAAGAAGAAAAAAAGUCAAAAAAAUGAAUCACAAUAAAUAUAUUGUGGAUGACAACGGCUUCACUAACGUUUAUGUGAGCGGUGUCCGUAUAAAAGCCGGAACACCACAAGAAACGUCUGGUUACAGUGUUUACUGGGGCCCCGGAAAUCCAUUCAACGUCAGCAUGGGCACUCGCAAAAAUCUUUCCGAAAAUGCCGGCGAAGUUGAAGGUGCAAAAAUGGCUUUCAAACAGGCAGCCCGAUUCAAUGGCUUGAACAAAUUGCGCAUGAACACCAGCUCCAAGUCUUUAUAUGAUGCGGUGACUGAUUCGAUGGCCAAGUGGAAGGAAAGCAAUUGGCGCAAUGAGGCGGAUGGACGAAAGAUUCGAAACUGCAGCGCCUACAAGAAAUUGAGCAACGCCAUAGACAACGUUGUUGUUGAAAAACGAAUGGAUAUCGAAUAUAAAUACAUUUCAGCACGCUGGGGUAACAUUCACCAAAACGAAGCCGAUCGAAUGGCCACAAACGCUGCCGAACGACGUUGAACAUUUCGUGUACCGUGCACACAAACAACAUUGUAUUGCAGAAGAUAUAGUUUUUUCAUUGUUAAAUCACUCUCACAGAUUUGAAUCGAAUGCAAUGUUUACGUUGUAAUAAAAAAAAAUUCAAUUGC